AUGGAGGCCAAGGUUCGCCAGAGCCGGCGCUCGCGCGCGCAGCGGGAUCGCGGCCGCCGUCGGGAGGCGGCCCGCGACGCCCGCGACCAGAGCGCGUCGUCGGGCGACGAGACCGAGCCCGGGCCUGGCAAGGAGAACGCGGGCCUGCCCCGCGCGCCCCCCGUGCGCCCCCCGCGCCGCCGCCGCCGCGAGUCCAGCUCGCAGGAGGAGGAGGUCAUCGAAGGCUUCGCCAUCGCCAGCUUCAGCACGCUCGACGCCUUGGAGAAGGACAUGGCCCUGAAGCCACAUGAGCGGAAAGAGAAAUGGGAGCGUCGCCUUGCCAAGAAGCCCCGCGAGUCAGAAAACUGCCCGUCCGCAGAACCAAGUGAGAAUGGGCGUCCCCUGGAGAUCGUCAGUCCCGAGCAGGACCUGGAUGAGCCUGCCUGCGACCGGGGGAAGAAGAAGGUCCCACUGCAGCCCACCAAGCAGGUGUGCUCCCCAGAAGCGGGGCCGCUCCCAGCCAACCACUGGGACCAGAACGGCCCGGCCCAGCACCAGCAGCAGCUCCAGCCCAGCCAGCCCCAGAGGUCACUCCCAGCCCCGUGUCAGCGCUGCCAGCCCCGUUGGGCUCUCCCGGACCCCGGGCAGCCCUGCCAGCCCCAGCGGCCACUCCCGGGUCAGCGCAGCUGGCCCCAGCGGUCACUUCUGGGCCCAAGACAGCCCUGCCAGCCCCGGCGGUCACUUCUGGGCCCAGGUCAGCCCUGCCGGCCCCAGCGGCUGCUUCCGGCCGCAGCGGCUGCUUCUGCCCCAGAGCAGCACUGCCGGCCCCAGCAGUCACUCCUGGCUCAGCCUUGCCAGCCACUUUGGGCGCUCCUAGGCCCUAGGCAGCGCUGCCAGCGCCUGUGCUCCCUCCUGGCCCCGUGGCACUGCUGCCGACCCCUGCGCUCCCUCCUGGCCCCGUGCCACCUCUGCCGGCCGCUGCGCUCCCUCCUGGCCCUCUGGCACCGCUGCUGGCCCGUGCGGUCAUGGGUGGCCCCCUGUCUCCGUGGCCAGCCCAGCAGGGCAUCCUCAGGACAGCGGUGCCGGCCCCCACAGUCACUCCUCCUGCUGCGUCCACGCCGCCGACUGGCCAGCUCACUUUCAGGCCAGUGCUGCUGCCCCCGGCGUACUCUUUUAGCCCCUUGCCAGCCCCGGAGGUCCCUUCUGGGCCAGCCCAGCCACCCCCAGGUGUCACUGCUGGGCCUCAGUCAGCCCCAGCAAUUAGUUGAAGCCCCAGAGCACCCUGGCCCCCCAAAACCUUCACUGCUGGGCCCUGGACAGCCGUGCCAACAGAAGCGGCCACUCCUGGGCCCAGAACAGCCCUGCCAGCCCCUGCAAUCCCUUCUGGGUCCCAGCCAGCCCUGCAAACGCCAGCCGUUACUCCCCAUCCCUGAGUGCCCCUCGCUCCUGGGCCGGCCAGCCCCGCCCCGUCGGCCUCCCCUGGGGCCCCCGAGCCGGCCGCGGCGGUCACUGCUGGACCUGGUUCGGGCCCAUCAGCCGCAGCUCUCACUCCUGGCACUGGGCCGUCCCUGCAGGCCCCUGAGGUCACGACGGACUCGAUCUUCCACCCCUGCGGUAGCCCACCAGGCCCCAUCUGUGAGUCCUGGAGCCUGAUGCCCAUUUUCUAGGCCACCCUGG